GUUUCACAAGAACGAGAAGCUUGGCAAUGGUUACAAAAUAUUGAUAAAAAUUCUAUAUUUCAUUGGUAUGGACAAUCUUACAUUGUACCAUCAUCGUUUACACAAAUGGAUACAUAUACAUGGCUACAACAGUAUCAUUUUAUGCCUUGGUUAACAUUUGAUGAAUUUACUAGGUGGUUAUACUCUGCACGACUUGUUAGUAUGCCAAUGAUGUGUUCAUGUAAACAAAACCUUAAACUAUAUGUUUGUAAACAUGCAGUAGGAUUUAUGAUUCACCUUAAUCUUUAUGUUAUAACUGAUCCAGCUAAAUUACAAGUGUUAGGAAAAAGGCGUGGACGUCCAAAAAAGGCAGACAAAGCAUUAAGUCGAUCAUAA